AUGGACAACAAGCUAAGGAGCCUUGUGUCCUUGUUUGCUAGCUCCCUUGGCGAGCAAACCGAUCGUUUCCACAAGACUGAAGAGCCUGCUGGUGAUGGAUGGAGUGUUCCCAAGAAUAUGAGCCACUGGUGCGACUACUUCACCUUUGACGUAAUGUCUGAGCUCGUCUUCAGCACGUCCUAUAAUCUACUCACCAACAGUGCAAAUCACUGGAUCAUCCAAGGGGUUAUAGGUCAGAUGCAGCGCUUCGGAUUCCUUCUGCAGCUCCCUGAACUUGAGACGAUGAGACUCAACCACGUUUUCUUUCCUGAGGCACGCCAAAGAGCCAUGCAGUUCUCAGUGAAAGCAAAAGAAAUCAUGCAAGAGCGACAACUACGGCAAAAGGAAGAGCUCAACGACGUUCUGGGCAACUUACUCACAGCCAGAGAUCCGGAAACCGGAGAGGGUCUGCCGAACGCACAGCUAUGGGUUGAUAGUAAUCUCUUGAUUAUUGCGGGCUCCGAUACCUCCUCCACCGCGAUGGCCGCCCUCUUCUUCUACCUCUCCCGUAAUCCCACAGCCUACGGCCGCGUUACAAAAGAAGUCCGAGCUGUCUUCAGCAACCCGGCAGAGGUAGCACAGGGCCCCCAACUCAACUCCUGUGUCUACCUCCGCGCGUGCAUCUUCGAAGCAAUCCGUCUCUGCCCGGCGGUCAGCGGCGCUCUUUGGCGCGAAGUGCUGGACGGCGGCCUCUCAAUUCCAGAAAUGAACAUGCACAUACCCGCAGGCUGUGAAGCCGCUACGGGGAUAUGGUCUCUUAACCAUAACGAGAAGUACUAUCCCGACCCGUUCGUGUUCCAACCAGAACGCUGGAUUGCUGAAGAGAGCGGCGACGAAGCCGUUAAUGUGGCUAAGAGUGCGUUGGCUUCGUUCUCAGUGGGACCGAGGAAUUGUGUCGGGAAGGGAUUAGCUAUUGCUGAGAUUUCGUUGGCGAUGGCGGCUGUGAUUUCGCAGUAUGAUUUUCGCAAGGCAGAGACGAGAUGUUCGGAAGUUGGUGAGGGGAAGGGAGUGUUUAAGGGGCAGUUUCAGACGUCUUGGGCGUUUACGAGUUUGAAAGAUGGGCCGUACAUUCAGUUUCGGAAAUACGUGCCUGGCUUCUCUAGUCUAGAAGAGGGUAGAACGAGGCUAUAG